UAUGGUACUGCUCUGUGGAAUAGAACAGAACACCAGACAGCCGCUUCCGCACUGCUUCCUUGUUUAUUAGUUUUAGGUGAAACGGUGACUUAAGAAGAGUAAGAACUUUAUUAAUUCUUCCUUUCGAAACGGCGAGAAGUCCCCACAACAUUUCCGAAUCCCCAGCUAACUGAAGUGCUCUCACAGAUAAACUGAAGUGGUUUGAUGUCCAGGAGGGAACCAGGAUUUGAAUUUCACCACAUCCAAGUCUGAGUUCUGCUUCUGGUCUGAAUGGCCACAGCUGCAGAGGAGCCUCCAGGGCUGCCUGGCAUCUCUGGCAAUUCAGCUGCGGCUCGAAAAAAUGCUCCUCCGGAGGGUCCCAGCACCAGCAUGUCUCCGGCCAUGAAGAAAACCAUCGGCCAUCGAGGAAUUGACACCACUGGGGAGACGACGUACAAGAAGACAACAUCAUCUGCCCUCCAAGGCGCUAUCCAGUUAGGCAUCACGCACACGGUGGGCAGCUUAUCUCAGAAACCUGAGAGAGACGUGCUGCUUCAGGACUUUGAAGUGGUCGAAAGCAUCUUCUUUCCUAGUGAGGGCAGCAACCUGACACCAGCCCACCACUAUGGAGACUUCAGGUUCAAGACGUACGCCCCAAUGGCCUUCCGCUACUUCAGGGAGAUGUUUGGCAUCCGGCCUGAUGACUACAUGUACUCUCUGUGUAACGAGUCGCUGAUAGAGUUGUCCAACUCUGGAGCGAGUGGAUCUCUCUUCUACGUCUCCAGUGAUGAUGAGUUCAUCAUCAAGACAGUGCAGCACAAAGAGGCGGAGUUUCUGCAGAAACUGCUUCCAGGAUACUUCAUGAACCUGAACCAGAACAAACGGACCUUAUUACCAAAGUUUUAUGGCCUGUACUGUGUCCAGGCAGCAGGUAAGAACAUCCGUAUUGUAGUCAUGAACAAUCUGCUGCCGAGCGCCGUACGAAUGCACCUCAAGUACGAUCUAAAAGGCUCCACUUACAAGCGACGCGCUUCAGCUAAAGAGAGGGAAAAGGCUGUGCCCACAUACAAGGACCUGGAUUUCAUGCAGGACAUGCAGGAGGGGCUGUUACUGGAGGGGGACAAGUACAAUGCUGUUUGCAAGACCCUCCAGAGAGACUGUCUGCUUUUGCAAAGUUUUAAGAUUAUGGACUACAGCCUUCUGGUGGGAGUCCACAAUGUAGAUCAGGCGUGUAUGGAGCAGGCUGGCGAGGGGGAAGUGGCCGGGGCAGCAGACCAAAGGAGGCCGCAGGGUCAGAAGUCCCUGUACAGCACUGCUAUCGAGGCCAUCCAGGCUGAUGUGGGGCACAUGGGUUCACAGGACACAGAGGACAAAACUGGAGGAAUCCCUGCACGCAACACAAAAGGCGAGAGGCUGCUGGUGUAUAUUGGUAUCAUUGACAUUCUGCAGUCCUAUAGGUUUGUAAAGAGGCUUGAACACUCGUGGAAAGCUCUGGUUCACGACGGGGAUACUGUAUCGGUUCACAGACCGAGUUUCUACGCAGACCGAUUUCAUAAGUUCAUGUGCAAUAUGGUCUUCAGAAAGCUAUCAUUGAAGACCUCACCAUCUAAGAAGCGGCGAGCUGUGUCGCAUGCUCCUCUGAGAAAGCUGGCUGGACCCGGGCCUCCUCUGUCGACACAAGUGAGCGUCAACAGCCAGCACCCUGUUCUCCAAAGUCAAAUCAGCGUCGACACCAAAGAAGAAACUGAAGGAGACACAGUCCUGCAGUCAGGUCGUCCUGACCUCCUCCCAAAGACCUUAUCGCCCAGCAACGCUGUUGGCCAACCUGUUGAGACUGCCUCCUCCACCUCUUUGGGAAACCCUGGAUUUGCUCCAACAAGUCAGACUACGCCUCGCUCUGAGGGCGUCUACAUGUCGGUGGGAGUGGAUUCAAACAACACAUCGAGCCAAGACCAGGAUCACAACCCCACCAAGAGAGCUCAGUUUGAAGAGAGUACCAGUUCUGACGAGGUCAUCUCACUUAGUGACAUUCUUCCUGCUGCAAACAAAUGCUCUGUGUAGAAAAAUGAACUCAAAUGAACAGACACAAACUUGGAAGAUGUUAUGAGCACAAAUGUUACAACCCCCCACUUGGUGAGAUUUGAGGUGAAUUUAUAUAUUGUUUCAGUGACACCAAGUGGGAUUUUAAAUGUUUUGUUAUUGUUUUGCACUUUGAUUUCCAAAUCUCAACAUGGUGUGAGCAUGUAAGUGUGUGACACUAGUUAUCGCGGGUACAUUAAUGCUAUGGUGCUUAUUGAACACUAUUAUUCAUCUCAUAGGAAGGCUUUUUUAUGCACAAUCAAGGAUUAUUCUUGGCACUGAUGUGCCCAUCUCCAUUUAGAGUGUAACAAGAGGACUUUACCUUAUUUGAGCACACCUUUUAUUUAAGCAAUGUUAUCAAGUGAAUUGUAUUCUUUUCUUAAUUUAUCCUUCUUUCGUGUAUAACAAACUCAUGCAUACUUGGAUCUGUAAGUGUCUCAAGCCCAGAGGUUUUUUUUUUCUGCUACAUGUUGGCUUAAGUGCUUUAACACAAAACCAUGUCAUAUAUGUUUCAGAACACAGUUAAACACAAAUAAAUGUUGAAUUUUUUUAAAGAAAUUACUGUAUUCAUAAUGGGUAUGCUCCCGUUUUUUAAGUCUACUCUUAAUGCAAACCAUGCUGGAAGAACAUGUGAUUCUCAACUUGCCUAUUCUUUUUAACCAGCUAUUGUAAUAACGGACUGUGAAUUCUAAACGUCUCCUAUCAUGUUCAAGUGAAAGGGUUUAUUGAAAGCAAUUUUUUUGAUUAUACACUGUGGUAUCUGGUAUCAAUUUCAGGCUUAGUGUGUAGAUUGCCAAUGUCCAAAUGUAAUGCAAGUACUGGUACUCGGAUGACUUUAAACAAAGCACCAGAACAAACCCUGAGCUUGGGUCUGUCUCAUGAAGCAAGAAAUGGGAGUUAGUCAGCUAAGUUUAGUGUGGAUAAAAUAACUAGCUCCUUAUGUAUAGGCUGUGAGGGUGAAAAGUCCACUUUAUUACAGAAAUCCCUUUUCUUACAGGAGUUAUAAAACAACAGCAGUUAGUUUAAAGUGUCAUGUACCAAAGUGUAUGACGUUAACACAAAUGCAGUACAAUCACUUAGUUUGUAUUAUCAUUUAUUACAUUGGUCUAUAAACAUAAGAACAGUUUGUAAAAGAGCAGAGCAUUGUUAGAUCUUGAUGUACCAGUAGUCUAUAAAAUACUGUUUCAUAGUAUUUGUUCAGUGCAGUAUGAACACAUUCUAACAACAGCAGCAGUUCAGACCUGAAUAUGUAGUGGGUUGCAGUGCCUACAGGCUGACACAGUAACAGCUUGGGCAACUUUCACAGCAGGUGCUAUCUUACAGCCAUGAGUGUACGAAUGCUUUUGUUUGUUUCUUUUUGGAAGGUGUUAGAAUGUGUAUGUGUGCGUGCUGGCCUUUAGACAUUUUAUCUAGAAAAUGGUUUUGCCAAAUGUUAUUGGGUGGGGUUUAAUGGCCAAAAGAAAAUGAACAAUAGGUUUAGAGCGAGUUUUUGACUUUGCUGCUGAUAAUUCAAACUAUACACAAGGGUGUUACCGCAUUUUUAAAAAGUAUUGUGAUUAACUAGUUUCCACUAUGUGUAGUCUAAUGCUAUAAGUGAAAAAGGCUACAUAUAAACUCAACAUGGAUUAUUUGAAUGAUGAUCUACUUCCAUCACCUCUUUUACACAUGUCAGCAACAUAUUAAGUAUAUUUUCAACCUUAUUCUUGAUGUUUGACUGUUUUAUUAUUUUAAGCUUUUUUUAAAUUUCUGUUCCUGCUUUUAUAUUCCAGUUGUGCUUUCAUGGUAAAUUGUGAUAAUAAUUAUGACGUAAAUAUAACAUUCGUCACUGCAACUUCACUAAGGGGAUAUUCGUACCACAUCUUUUAAUAAAACCACUUAGGUUGUGUAAACAUUUUAAGAUAUGUUGCUACUGUAAAAUGUGUUGAGGCUCAUAAAUUAAAGAUAGAUAUUUGAGACAGGCCCGAACUAAGUGUUUUUUACAUUUAUUUGACAUCAUAAGAUGCUUUGACCAUGCAACAAUAAUCUUUGUUUACAGCAUAUAUGUUCCUGAAUGAUAGGACGAUGCAAUACGUUAAAUUAAUCUUUAAUAUUCUAACCAACAUAAGUUUAAAAAGCAUCAUUGGGGUUAAUUUAUACAUCCUCUAAAUAAUAUAUUAUUCUGCUGGCUGUUCAAACUGUCUGCCAAUUUUCUGUCCCUAUAUUUAAAGUUAAACUGUGUCUCAUUGAUUAAACUCCAAAUCAGUCACAUGCAACACAUGCAGCCUAAGAAUGUACAUAGUUAUAUGUAUUAUAGUAUUUAUUACUGAAUGUAUUGCUCUGGUGUCCAGAAUGUUUAUGAAUGGUGAUAACGGAUUGAAAAUGGGCCUUUCUAUACCUUAGCAAGCCUGAAUCUAAGGCUGUUUCCUUAAAUCAUCAUGUAUUUCUUUCUGUAUACUUUAUUAAUGUGUCUUCACUUGCCUUUUAGUUAUAUACAUUACAUGUGUGCACAUCUGUAUCCAGGAAUCACAGCAAGGCCUUUUCACAGAAUGUGUUUACAAGGGAUGUACUGUUUUUCUACACUUGUACCUGAAAUUAUUAAAGAAAAAAUAUGCUUGCAAAA